AUUUUAAUACCAACUGGUGGUGUCAUGCAUGGCAAAAGUUGGAACUUGUAACCGGUGCCGAUGAGCCACUGUCAUAUGUUGUGUAUUUUGUAUAAAUUAUUACUCGCCAUAAUUAUAAGAUUGCGACCAUAAGUUUGAUGUGUCACAUGGCUGUAAACUGUAAACAUUUUAGUAUCAAGAACCUUAAUUUUUAUUCAUCUUGUAUCUGUGUUAUUUAAUUUUGUCUUUUUUGGAGUUUCUAGAUUUUACCGCCAAGUGGCGUUAUUAAUAGUUUUUCUAUUUCAAGCAUAGAACAGUAUGUACAUAUGUAUUCUGUGUUUCAAGCCUAAGUUCCUGCAAAAAUGGCUAGCGUAAAAUUGCGCGAAGCUGCUUUGAAUUCCCCGAAGUUACUUUAUAAGUUUUUACUGCGAGAAUGUGAAAGAUUGCCAAAGGAAGCUCAGCAGUUUUAUAAACAUUCUGUGAAGCAGAGUUUUAAGCAGCACGUUAUUGAACCAGAUGAGGAACGCGUGCAGCAAAUAAUGAAGAAGGCAGUACAAGACAUGGAAUGGAUUAUCAAGAAGAUUCUUUAAGAUUGAUCCAUCCUAUCAUCAACAACGUAGCAACGAGGACGUCGCAACCAAGAACAGCGAGGACAUAGGAGUCAGGGGCAGCAAAGACGUUGGAGUGAAUAAAUCAAUUUAAUAAAUACGUGUACGUAUAUACUUC